UCUGUAUGGAAACAGAUGUUAAAGUCGCAUACGGAGCCGGGAGGAGGGACAGCGAUCCAGCUGAGCAUCUAUGUUCUGCAUAUCCUUAUUAGUCCACGUGGGAGUGCAAAGUCCCGCAGCUAUCAGCGGAGGCUAAAGAUAGACGAUGAGGAAUCGUAUAAAAGCUCCCGGGAAUAUCCGUGCAACGCGGCUUCACACUUUCUGUUCUUACUUGAUCUUCCAAACCUCCACCUCAAGAUGGCACCAAAGAAGGCUAAGAGGAGGGCAGCAGCAGGAGACGGAGGCUCCUCCAACGUGUUCUCCAUGUUCGAGCAGAGCCAGAUUCAGGAGUACAAAGAGGCCUUCACAAUCAUUGACCAGAACAGAGACGGCAUCAUCAGCAAAGAUGACCUGAGGGACGUCCUGGCCUCAAUGGGUCAACUGAACGUGAAGAACGAGGAGCUGGAGGCCAUGGUCAAGGAGGCCAGCGGCCCCAUCAACUUCACCGUCUUCCUCACCAUGUUCGGCGAGAAGCUGAAGGGUGCUGAUCCCGAGGAUGUCAUUCUCGCUGCCUUCAAAGUCCUGGACCCUGAGGGUACCGGAACCAUCAAGAAGGAAUUCCUCCAGGAGCUCCUGACCACUCAGUGCGACAGGUUCUCCCCAGAAGAUGUUAAGAACAUGUGGGCCGCCUUCCCCCCAGAUGUGGCCGGCAACGUAGACUACAAGAACAUCUGCUACGUCAUCACACACGGAGAGGAGAAGGAGGAGUAAAGAGAGGGACGAAGACGAGAAAGACAGUCAUCCCUCUGCUUUCUGCCUUCCUCUUUCCUCCUCUUCCUCCCUGCUCACCUCUCUGUGUAAACCCACAAGCUCAACCAAUCACACCCAGAGACUCGGUUGACGCCUGUGGGAAGUCUAUGUUUGCUUAUGGGGAAUAGGGAUGAUUUUCUUUUCCAAUAAAAUUAUCCUGUGACAUUUCCAACAUCAAGAUUUACUCGAACCACCUCUCUUCAUUUCGUUUCUUGUCUGCCUUUCCCUCGGUAUCCGAGAGGAAAACGGGUUCAUUGGUUCUCGCUCCAACGCGUGAGAACGUCCAUUUUGGCUGCAAGCAGCAGAGAGGAAGUGAGAGUACGUUCUGACUAAACUGGAAAAGCAUCCUUAAAGCGAUGCCGGUUUUCCUGCCGCGAAAAGAGAACAAAAAAAAAAACCAAUCAGCUGAAGGAAUGGGGAGAACGGGACGAAAGAAAACAUUAACGUCUUCGAUCUCUUUCCCUCCACUCCUUCGCGCUUUCAUGAAAUCAUCUUCUUCUUUUCCAUAAGCUGUCUAAGAUCCAGUGACCUUCAAUGCCUUUCCUCUGUAAUGAAUAAAGGGACAAAAUGUGAAUAAAAACCACUUUGCUUUUUUA